CCCGCCCCUUCGAUCCCCUCCUCCGCCGCCCCACCUCCGCCGCCGCCGGCCGCGGCAUGCUCCUCUCCUGCUCGGCCUCCGCCUCCGGUCCCGCUCCCCGGCCCCCGAGCGGCGACCGCUGAUUCGUUAGCGUCUCUCUCUCUCUCUCUCUCUCUCUCUCUCGGUUGACCUGACCUCCCCCCGAGCCGCCGGUGCGCGCGCUGGUGGCGGCGGCGGCGGCGGCGGCGGCGGCUGCGGCUACGUCGUUUUCUUCGGACCCUGGACCCUAGGGAGGGUUUUUGUUCUUUCUAGAUGGAGCAAGCGGUCCUGGACGACAUCAUCAGCCGGCUCCUGGAGGUUCGCACCCGGCCCGGGAAGCAAGUCCAGCUGUCGGAGGGGGAGAUCCGGCAGCUUUGCGUGGCCUCGAAGGACAUCUUCAUGCAGCAGCCCAAUCUGCUGGAUCUCGAGGCGCCGAUUAAGAUAUGCGGGGACAUCCACGGACAAUACUCGGAUCUUUUGAGACUUUUUGAGUAUGGGGGAUUGCCUCCUCAUGCCAAUUACUUGUUUUUGGGGGACUAUGUGGAUAGAGGCAAGCAAAGUCUGGAGACAAUAUGUCUACUCCUAGCAUAUAAGAUUAAAUACCCCGAAAACUUUUUCCUCUUGAGAGGAAACCACGAAUGUGCUUCUAUAAAUCGGAUAUAUGGAUUUUAUGAUGAGUGUAAGAGAAGGUUCAAUGUCAGGUUGUGGAAGACUUUCACAGACUGCUUUAAUUGUCUGCCUGUGGCAGCCUUGAUAGAUGAGAAGAUUCUGUGCAUGCAUGGCGGUCUUUCACCUGACUUACACCAUUUAGACCAAAUUAGGAACUUGCAGCGUCCCACGGAUGUACCAGAUACUGGUUUGCUCUGUGAUCUUCUCUGGUCAGAUCCUAGCAAGGAUGUACAGGGCUGGGGAAUGAAUGACCGAGGAGUUUCAUAUACCUUUGGGUCAGACAAGGUGACAGAGUUUCUCGAGAAGCAUGAUCUGGACCUUGUUUGCCGUGCUCAUCAGGUUGUGGAGGAUGGCUACGAAUUCUUUGCUAACCGGCAACUAGUAACUAUAUUUUCGGCACCUAACUACUGUGGGGAGUUUGACAAUGCUGGUGCCAUGAUGAGUGUUGAUGAGACCCUGAUGUGCUCUUUCCAAAUACUAAAGCCUGCUGAUAAGAAGCUAAAAUUUAACUCUGGAGCCAUGACAAUGACUCCUGCUAAGCCUUUGAGUUCUCCCUCAGGAGCCAAUGCUUUUGGGAGCACGACAACAGCAAAGCCUGGAAAUACUCCAACUGGCGUAAAGUCUUUCCUCGGUGCAAAAGUUUGAUAAGUAGGUAGGUUGGUAGAGAGGCAUUGAGAGACCUGUACGCACAGAGCACGUGAGGAUUGCAAACGGAGGAAACUCGAGAUCAUUUUGAUUUUCUCUGUAAUUUGCUGCAUUGUAAAGAAGUGGGAGGGGAAAAGAUAUUGUUUUCCUUGAUAUAAAGCUGGGUUUGAAUUUUAGAAGGCGGUAACUCCGUUCGCCUCCUCUUUGUACACUAAUAGCUGCCUCAGUUGCUGGUAAUUAUUAGAGUUCUGCGUCAAUAUCUCCAUCGUCUGUGAUUGAGGCUGUGAAGAAUGUGAUUUUGCGUCUUUAACCUCACUUGAAGAAUCUGCUUGGACUUCUCUUCUAUCA